GUCUCCCUCUCUCUUUAUAAUAUUCUUUCAAUUCAAACAGUAAAAAGAGUAGAAAGAGAGAGUGAGAUAAUUGACUCCAAAGUCCAAACAAGGGUUUCUUUUUCAUUCUUGAUCGUUUCUGGGUCUUGGGUUUUUCUUUUCUUGGACUCUAAGGAGUGGAUCCAAUUAAUUUAGAUGGGUAAGAGUAAGACGGUACAUUUGUCUGGAUUCCCUUCAUAUGUUUCGGCUGAAAGUGUUAAGAAAUUUCUGGAAGAGCACACAGGAGAAGGAACUGUGUAUGUUAUUAAGCUUCGUCCACCUAAGAAUGGGAAUUCAAGAUCCUUUGCAAUUGUGCAGUUUACCUCCAUGAAAUGCGCUGAGCUCAUUGUUGCUAAGGCGAGCCAGCGUUUGUGGUAUGGAAGUUCCUAUAUCAAGGCAUUUGAAAUGGACCAUGACACUGUACCGAAGCCAAGAACAUUUGACCACAGCUUGAAAAACAUAAAACUAUAUUUUGGUUGUCAGUUGUCAAAGGAAAGGUUUUCGUUUCUAUGGAAUGUGGCGAAUGUAUCUGUGGAUUUUGGGACUCGUCUUCGAAAAUUACACUUCUAUUUAACAAAUGAUCUAGUGGAGUAUAAGCUUCAGCUAUCCUAUGAGAACCUUUGGCAAAUUGAGCUGCAUCGUCCGCGUGGUCAAACUUCCAAAUUCCUUUUGAUUCAGUUGCUUGGCGGGCUUCGGAUUUAUGAGAAAGAUGUGCGCUCUUCAGGAAAUAUAUACGAAGACCCUCUCUAUAAUUAUUUUAGGGACACCCCUGACGACCAAUGGAUCCGUGCUACUGAUUUCACUCAAUCAUUUCGCAUUGGUCAAUCUUCUGCGCUUUGUUUGGAGCUGUCAAACGGGCUUGAACUUCCAAAUUUUCGGGAAAGCUUUGCUUACUAUAAAGAAAGUGAUGAGCAAUUUAGCUUGGAGCGCGGUGUCCCUUUUUCUAGCAACUUGGCUCUUGUCCCUAUUGUUGGUCCUCCUUCGGAUGUUCAUUUACCAUUUGAGAUUUUGUUCAAAGUUAACAUACUGCUUCAGAAUGGAUGUCUUUCAGGACCUACACUUGAUGCUAGUUUUUAUCGAUUGAUUGAUCCAAGAAGAGUCAAUCCUGACUGUAUAGAUCAUGCCCUUGAAAAACUGUAUGCUUUAAAAGAAUGCACCUUUCAACCUUCAUUGUGGCUUUCUGAGCAGUACAAGAACUACCGCGCAGCAAGGAGGCCCCCGAAACCAUCAGCCAUAGCCUUAGAUUCUGGAUUGGUAUAUGUAAGGAGGGUCCAAGUUACACCAACUAAAGUAUAUUUUUGCGGUCCAGAAGUUAAUGUCUCUAAUCGUGUGUUGCGCCAUUAUAAACAUUAUAUUGACAAUUUUCUUCGUGUUUCAUUUGUUGAUGAGGAGUUGGAAAGAUUGUAUUCAACAGAUUUAUCUCCACGCACGUCCACUGGAAUUGAGGACAGAAAAACUGAAAUCUAUCACAGGAUUCUCUCUGUUCUUGAAAAUGGAAUUACAAUUGGUGAUAAGAAGUUUGAAUUCUUGGCAUUCUCUUCGAGUCAAUUACGUGAGAAUUCUCUGUGGAUGUUUGCUGCAGAAGAUAAUAUAGAUGCUGGUGAAAUAAGAGAGUGGAUGGGAGAUUUUCGCAGCAUAAGAAAUGUGGCCAAGUAUGCUGCCAGACUAGGUCAAUCAUUUGGAUCCUCCACGGAAACUCUCAGUGUUUAUGAUCAUGAAGUUGAAAAUAUUCCUGAUGUAGAAAAGAUUACACUGAAUGGAGUCAAGUAUGUUUUCUCUGAUGGUAUUGGGAAAAUAUCUUCAGAAUUUGCUAAGAAAGUUGCCUUAAAAUGUGGCUUUAAAGAGUUCACCCCAUCAGCUUUUCAGAUCCGAUAUGGUGGAUAUAAAGGUGUUGUGGCUGUUGAUCCAACGUCACAAGUGAAAUUGUCAUUGAGGAAAAGCAUGUGCAAGUUUGAAUCUGAGCAUACAAAGCUAGAUGUUUUAGCCUACAGCAAAUUUCAGCCAUGUUAUCUGAACCGUCAACUGAUAUCUCUCUUGUCUACCCUUGGUGUUGAGGAUCGGUUUUUUCUGAAAAAACAAAAGGAAGCUGUAGACCAGCUUGAUGCUAUGUUGACUGAUCCAUUGAAAGCACAAGAGGCUCUGGAGUUGAUGUCUUCAGGUGAGACUACUAACAUCCUGAAGGAGUUGCUCCUGUGCAAUUAUAAGCCUGAUACUGAGCCAUUCCUUUCAAUGAUGCUGCAAACAUUCAGAUCAUCUAAGUUGCUGGAAUUGCGGACUAAAUCAAGGAUCUUUAUUCCGAAUGGAAGAGCAAUGAUGGGAUGUCUUGAUGAAACUGCUACCUUGAAUUAUGGGCAGGUGUUUGUGCAGUUUGCUGGAACCAGGCAUAGGCGAUAUUUUGAAGAUUCAUUUAUGUUUGAUGGUGGUAAUUCAAACCAGAAUUUUAUCGUCCAGGGAGUGGUGGUGGUUGCCAAAAACCCUUGCUUGCACCCUGGCGACAUUCGUGUUCUAAGAGCUGUCAAUGUACCUGCCUUGCACCAUAUGGUGGAUUGUGUUGUUUUUCCACAAAAAGGACCAAGGUAUGAAAUGAUUCACCCAAAUAAUCUUAGUUCUGCAGUAAAUCAUUUGUUUUGUGUUUGUGUUUUCGAUUUUGUGUGCAAAUAUUUCUUUUUGGAUACUGAUUUACUGAAGUACAACACUAGACCUCACCCAAAUGAAUGUUCGGGAAGCGACCUCGAUGGAGAUAUCUAUUACGUUUGUUGGGAUCCUGAUUUGGUUCCUAAGAAGCAAAUUGAACCUAUGGAUUAUACCCCAGCACCAAGCAAGCACUUAGAUCAUGAUGUCACAGUUGAGGAAAUCAUGGAAUAUUUCACAAACUACAUAGUCAAUGACAGUCUGGGAAUAAUUGCCAAUGCCCACACCGCGUUUGCAGAUAAAGAGUCUAAGAAAGCAAUGAGCGAUUCAUGCAUAGAGCUCGCAAAGCUAUUUUCAAUUGCUGUUGACUUUCCGAAAACUGGUGUACCUGCUGUAAUCCCAAGUCAUUUGCAUGUCAAAGAAUAUCCUGAUUUCAUGGAGAAGCCUGAUAAAUCUACAUACGAAUCACAAAACGUGAUUGGGAAGCUCUUCCGCAUGGUGAAAGACAUUUCGUUGCAUGAUAGCUCUACAAGGUUCUUCACCAAAGAAGUGGCUAGGAGGUCUUAUGAUCCCGACAUGGAGUAUGAUGGAUUUGAGGAGUACAUUGAUGAUGCUGUCUUUUACAAAGGCAAUUAUGAUUACAAAUUGGGUAAUCUGCUGGACUAUUAUGGGAUCAAAACCGAGGCAGAAAUACUGAGCGGGAGCAUAAUGAAAAUGUCCAAAUCUUUCACAAAAAGACGCGAUGCUGAAUCCAUUAACAUGGCUGUAAGGUCUUUGAGAAAGGAAGCUAGGACCUGGUUCAAUGAAAAUGGGAGUAGUCUAGAUUCUGGAGCUGAUGAGGUAUAUGCAAAAGCUUCAGCUUGGUACCAUGUCACAUACCACCCCGAUUAUUUCGGUUUUUAUAAUGAAGGCAUGAAUCGGGACCAUUAUCUUAGCUUUGCAUGGUGUGUUUAUGACAAGCUUGUGCAAAUCAAGAGAAAUAAUGCAAGCAUGAGAAGGUCUCUACAACAAUCUUCUCUGGAAAGGGAAUUCGGUCUUCGAUUGCAACUGAGAUAAGAAAUUUGUCUGUAAAUAUCAUCUUAAACUUGAGUGAAACUUGGUCUCUCUCUCU